CAUUCUUUCAAUUUCAUCUGGCAGCAGCAGCGAUCACAAUUGGAGCACACCGGACACGCUCAUUGAGACCAUUUCGACACCAUGUCUGGAUAGAACUUGGCUGAACUCGCGUCAACAGAGAGAUCUGCGACGUCAGACAGACAGGCGAAGCAAGGAAACAGAGUGUCGCAUCGGAGAGAGAGGCCUUUGUGCUCUUCCAAACAUGUCGAACCCGAAUGUCACGAUGGAACCAACGUACCAAAAUGGCAGUAUGGUCGCAUCGACCUCAAAGGUCAACACGGUGGAGUCCAAUGGUCACAUCGAUUUGUCCGAGCCCAUGAUGGACGGUCCUAAACCGACAACGGUACAUCCGCAUAACCCGCAAUUGGGACCUGAGCCAUGGUUCACAUAUCCCACUCCGACCCCGUCGCAGCUAGAGCAGGACCUACCGCCUUACGAUGAGAUUGAAGGGGUACCUCUUGGUCUGGUGUUGGACAGAGUGGUCCGAAAGGGAUACGGGGACAUGAAGACCUUGUUGGGGCAAACACUGCCUUCGGCGACUACCAAGAAUCGACCUAGACAUGUCAUCGAGUAUGCCAAAUCCCAGCGUCAAGCCGUCUUGAAAUACUUGGCUGUGUUACGAUGGAAAAUGGCAGUGGACAUUGACAUCCCCGGUCCAUCUACAGCGUCUCACCCGCAUCCUCUGGCACAGCAUGCCUACAAUGCCAAUUCUCAUCCGACACCUUCUUUCCCGACUCCUCAUUCUAUCGGCGAAUCUAGCAAUACUAGCCCUUCUGCAGAGGUCAUUUCCGGCAAAGGCAAAGGACGAGCGACAGAAGACGAUGGAGCUGUUAUGCCCCGAGGCAAAGUCACGGAUGCAAAGAGGAUCACGCACUUCAUGGAACAUCAGAACAGACAGCAUGAGCAGGCCAUAGGUCACGUCCAGCAUGUGGCAAAGAUGAUUGAGGCGCUAAGGGAGCGCAAUCCGGACCUUCUCACCGCCAUCGCCUUAUUGGAAACGGGCACAUACUCGCGUCUGCCGACGGCCCUCACCGAAUCAUUUGCUCCUCUCGUACCAUUGACAAACCGCAAAAUUCUCCGAACCCUCCGGAAACUGAAUAGAAGUUUGUUGUAUCGGCUCAAAUGUGUCGACUAUGUUCCGCCAGAGCUCAUUAUCCGAGCUGUCAGGGAUGGAAAAGUAUACGUAGCUGGAGGAGGCAAUCACGGCUGGAGAGCGAGUCUGACAAUGGUUGCAAAUGGAGAUGGCGGGGAGGAUUCACGAUGGUGGUUGACAGGAAUAGAGUGGGGUUGGAGAUACAAAGGUAGAGGUGUUCACGAUCCCGGUGGGGUGGGUGGGUUUCGUAAAGUAACGGGAGAAGCUAGGCAGGGGAUACUAGAGGUUGUCAAUGAGGAAAUCCUCAGGCCUCGGGAGGAGCAUGGGGAUAUAGGCGACAAUGAGGAUCCGGCUGUGGCUACAGAUCAUUCGGCCGACCGGAAGGUAGACGCUCCAUUCGUCCGUCUCGUCAAUUUUAUUGAACAUCUCAAUCUGACUCAGCAGCUGGAGGCACUCUACUUAGAGGCCAUGCGAUUGAAUCAAGGCAGAUGGAGAAGCUCUCUGCAGGUGGAGAUGAAGAGGGACGAGAGUGUCCUCAUUGUCAGAUACUGGAUUCGGCCGCGCCCGACAGCCCCUCCGAAUGCCGCUCAACCCAAACGUGGUCAAGAUUCCCGAUACAUUUUCGGGGGAACACUUUCUAUCGCCGUCGCGGAAACUGGCAAGCCGUCUAUGCUAAACGAUCUGUUUUGUGGGAUCCAGACGGGAGGCGUGAUACCUUCCGAGCGAGUGUUGAAUUUACGUCUGGAUGUCAAAUGGGAGAUUGGCGAAGCUGGGAGCGCGGGAACGUUGAAGGCUGGCGAAGUGAUGGACUCGUCCAGCCUGAGAAUAGAUUCUAGCAAUCUCAGUCUGGAAGAUGCGCUCAACACUGCCGCUCGGGCCCACGCCACCCAUCUUCUACAAGCAUAUACCUCGUCUCUUGACAUUUCUCGACUUACCUUGCUGCCGCUCAAACCACCAAACCUCAUAACACAUCCUGCAUCACAAGGGUUAAACGACGAACCCAUAGACCACUAUGCCAUCCCUCUACCGUCAAAGCAGGGCGACUCUGCACUGAAAAUUACUGUUUCGCCUUUUAAUGGCUACAUCGAAAUCGCUGAUGAGACUGGAAACGAAGGACGAACAUUACGCGCACGGAUGGCUACGAUCAGUGUGAAUGAAUCCAAGCUGAGAAUGACGGAUGAUCUUGUACGGCUUAUCACCGCGAUCAUCACGGAGAACCUAGAGAACCAAAUGCGGCAGCUUGGCUGGAUACCCGUUCGCAGGCUGCCAAUACGGUACCAAGAUUUGCCCAAAAACGACCUGUUUCCCGCAUCGUCUGUCUUCGUCCCUUUACCCACUUCUACACUGCACCAUCUUGUUGCAAAAGUCACUCCGGCUGGAAUCGUGUUUGAGCUCCUUCGGCUCGUCCGAACACCGUCAGAUGGUGGCGUGAUGAAGUUUGCCAUAGGAGAUCGGAGUGUGCUUGAUAUGGCGCGACUCAAGGCAAGGCGACCGAGAGGGUCUGUGGAUCGCGGUGUGGAAGCCGCCGGGGCAACCGUGGCCGAUCCCACUGGUGUCAACGCUUUGCUCUCUGCAGUAGGGCAGGACACGCCUGCCAGUCCGAGCGAGAGCUCGUUCGAAAUCGCGAACCGGGAUCUCAUGGAUAUGUACAUUUUCUCAAACGCGCUGGUAGCCCAGACCAUCAUUGAGCAGCAGCUCAAAGACCGCUCGAUUCCCUACACCCUGCAGUAUCCUCCUAUUACAGGGAAGGGCGCGCCGAAAUCCUCGUCGGCGGUGGCGGGAAUGAUCCCAGCUCUAUGUGUCAACACUCGAGAUCUGUUAAAGGACGCAAGAGUCGCCGAGGUGGCCAUGCCGAGAGUGUAUAUCCAGAUCCGAGACUGGUGGAAAGGCCAUCAGUGUCAGGUCGUCACAGUCGUUCAACUGCGGCAUCGGCCGUCUCUCGCGUCAGCAGCGACAUCUCCGUUACCGCCGACCGUGUCUGUUCCGUCCACAGCUUCCAAUUCCGACAGCAUCACCCUCGACCCUUCAUCUUCCAUCGUCAGGUUCCGAGAGAAUGACAUUUCACGAUGCGUCCCUUCGUUCCUCGAAGAAUGGGAGAGGUUGUCCAAGGUUUUAGUGGUGGCUGGAGAGGUGAAUCGUCUCAACAAGUCGGCUCCAUUUAAGCAUCUUAAAAUGCUAGCUUUUGACCUGUGUACGGCUACUCUAUCCUACGCUCCGGGAUACAGCUGUUCCAUUACCUACACUCCUUCGGACGAUUCGUACGAAGUGUCUUUCUCGACCACCACUGGGACAGACGGAGAAGUUCUCUCGGAAUCUGCCAAGAACCCACAUGAAAUGUUGCAAGACUUGUUCUCGCACAAGUUGAAUGAGCUGUCCAAAGCUAGAAAUGUCAAGAUCAGUCUGGCAAAGGCUUUCUGCGAGCUUCUCUGCAACACUCUACCCAUACUCCUGACCAUCAACAAUCUGCGAUCAACCAGUCGCGAUUUCCCAAAACUCGUCGUCCGAUCCAUCUCGGCUUAUCGGCUCGUCUGGGAUGUGGACGCCAAGCGAUACGCUCUGGAUGUUUCCUUGGCUCGUUCAAACAGGUGCAUUGUAUCUGACGGAUCAAUCGAUACACUGGACACGUCUUGUGGUCCCUUGACCCCGAUUCCAGGGUUCGAGCAACACACCAUGGGGAUCAAGACAGAGUUUGAAGGCGGAAUAGCAGCGGAAGGAGCAGGAGAAGGAGAAGGAGAGGGAGAGGGAGAGGAAGGAGGUCAAGAGAAGCGGAAAGAAUCCGAGAGGCUCGUGCUUCUCGAUGAGGGAAGAGCAAUACUUUGUCCAGUACAUCUGGUCAGCCAAGUGAUGACCAGUCUGGCAGCAGCAAUAGAAACGUCUGUGGGAUACAGGGGAUAGAUCAUCGUUCUGGGCCGUACGUAGUAGUGUCGCGCUUCAAAUCAAAAUCAACGCAUGAUGUAGCGCAUAUGUUCAGGAACCAUAGGUUGAAUUGCGCGAAAGUGCCGGACAAUGCUUGCGACGCCGGACAAACACACCCCGGUUGCCGCAGUGAGGACCAUGCAUCCUCCUCGUACGUAAUGGAAAUGAUACAAGCCCUCGCCCAUCG